AUGACACAGCCAACAAAAAAGAUUCAACAAAUAUUGUUGAGGCGUGAUUUAUCUGACAUCCCAGAUUAUUUAAUAAAAUGGGAUGAUGGAACAACUGAAUGGAUUUCAAAAUCUUCAUUAUUUUUUUAUAAAAAAGAAACAGAUAAUUUUGAUAAAACUCAAUAUAAACGCGCAUCAGAAGAAAAAGAAUUCGAAGCAAAGCCAACUAAUUUUGAAAUCACCGAUAUUUGGGAAGAAAACGAUAAAUUAAUGUGCGGCGGAAAAAUUAAUGACAAAUAUUACUCGGCAAGUUACGAAGAUUGCAAGAGGAUUUGUCCAAAAAACCUUAUUAAAUACUAUAAAAAAUUUUUAUUUGCCCAACUUAAAAAAAAUAAAAAACAAUAA